AUGUCCUCUAACAUCUUUGGAAUGGCAGUAGAUCAUGACGAUAUGGAUAUCAGCGGGUUGAAGCUUUCGCAAACGGCCUCGUCCAUCUCCAUGGGCGAGGAGUUUGUCUGUUCUAGCAAUACUAGUGCUUCCAUUUUGGAUUCUCUGCUCCCGAAAGUGGCUUUUAACCAUAUCGAUAGUAUUACUGAUAUCGACGCAAAUAUCGCAAACCAGAUAUCGGAGCCAGAGGCCGUGUUGGAUGUUGGCCCUGCCGACAAUAACGUUCUUUAUUGCAUAGAUCCGUACCCUGCGGAACCUCCGUGCUACGAUCUGGCUAAUCCGUCCAAAGUCAUCAGAUACCCCAUUUAUGAGCAUUGUCGCCCGUGUCUCGCUUCGGUGGAACCACCUAGUUACACGCCGUCUGUGGAAUACUACACUGUGGUGUCGUUGAAGAUGGAGAAGGCAUCGCCCUUCGAAAAUGCUACCUCCAGGUUAUGGAACAACUUUAUUCUGCAAAUAAACUCCACCCAAAUAAACUUCUUCUUUAUCGAUGAUGUAUUGACCAGGCAUAUUAAGAACUACCGUGGCGGCGAUAUGGUUGACUGUUCUCACCAUCCCAAAAACGCUAGCGACCGUCAUCACUCAGCCCGGUCCUUGUUGAGUGCGUUCACCACCAAGUCAACCCAUCAAUUCGAUAAAUAUGACAAAGAAAGGAUGUGUGAAGCAAUAGCACAAGACACGCCCAGUUUUCUAUCGAACAACUGUCUUUACAGAAGUUACUCCCUACAGGGCGCGAAAGUUGGUCUACCCAUAGAUUAUACGUCCAGAGAUUUUGUUUUGAGAAUGCGCUGUGAGGGACAGCAGUUCUUAAUACAGUUCUCCCAUGUGGAUGAAUUGAUCAACUGGGCAAUGUAUUUGAACAUGGGCAUAUCACUGUCUUUGGACCUUGAGCUAAGAGAGUUGCCCAGCUAUAGAAGCGUACCCAGAAGAAGAAAUGCAAGAAGAAGAAGAAGACCCAAACGCAAGAAUAAAAACAAAAGCAUGAACAGCAGUAGUGAAAACAACACACGCCCUCAUGCUUUAAUUCUAAGAAGAUCUAACACUUCUUCUGUCGUAGCAAGAGCCACCGCUGCAAGCGAACGCCCAAAGAGUAAAUCGAGAUCAAGAAGUCUAAGUUUAUUACACCCGUCCGCAUCUACUGCGAGCUAUGACGUUAAUGGGCACAGUACCUCUGGUUCAUCUCCAGCGAAGAACUGCCAAAGUGAUAUAUGCGGCUUAUUUACAUCAAAACUGAGGAAUUUUUUCAAGACAGAUUCCAGUUCAAGAAGAAAUUCCAAUAUGAACAUUGAGCACAAGCGGAGGUCGAGCGAGUUAAACAGUGUCCAAGAAGAACUAGUCGAUAAUGAAAGUGCCACUAAUACCACCGCCUCUGUGGUAUCCCCCACUUUUUCACCUACCGCACAUUCUGCCUUAACGUCACAAUCAUCCAUUCAUGAAAAUUUCAGAAGCAGGUCGGGCUCAAACCCCAUGGAUCCAUUGCACUAUGAUGCGUCAAUGUUGAAGAUUAUUGACACCGAGCUUUCAUACGACGGUGCAAGAAGAUUGCCUGUAUCAAGUUCCACUGAACGUACAAUUCGGGAAGAAGAGUUAAGUGAGGACGAUGACGAUGAAGACGAUGUAAACUAUGAAGACGACGAGGAAGAGGAAUAUGGAGAAGACUAUGAUAUCAACAGGUUAAUUAAUUUGGACGAAGGGGAGUUUCAUUUUGACAGUGCAGAUGUUGGUGGAUGCAGAACGAUAUUCAAUGCAAGAAAUGAUUGGGUAUCCGACAGCAUACAUGAUACUUCGUCAAGGAGGGGGCCAUCGAAGCAUGACCAUAAAAACCGCUUUGAUGACGAUUCGAAGUGGGUACCCGCAGCCCAACAUGUUUCGAGAAAAAGAUAUAUCAAAGACUCGUUGCGGUGUAUUAAGCCGCUGACGGAAGACCACUCGUGGAUAGGUAAAAUUAUUUUUAAACCAGCGCCACCACCAUCUUUUGAAACAAAUAAUCCACCCAUAAGAGCCCAUAGCGAUGAGAACAGCAUAGAUAUGAGACAAAUGAAAAACCAUUAUUUGAAACCAUAUAUAGUCGGAUCAUGUGGUCUUUUAAAAACGGGCUCAAGACUAUUUCACCGCUACGAUAAAAAUAACGAAGUUACGAAUUCAUGA